AUGGUCAUGCCACCAGUAGAUACGGCCAUAUUGGACGUCGUUGGCUUCAGCACCGAGGACGCCAUUUUCACAAAUUACGGAGGCUCAGACUUCUCCGCGACCUUUCAUCUCUCAGGCCUGAAGAAUGGGAGGCGGGUAACGUACUUUGCAAAGGAGGGUAAAGGCAGCGAGGCAGCGACUAUGUUUAGGGGAGAACACGCCUCACUAAACGCGAUCCACGCCGUCGUGCCUGACUUGUGUCCCGCAUCUCGUGGCCACGGGGAGCUCGGUAACGGUCUGGACUACUACUUCAUCGUCACAGACCUGAUCGACUUGCAGGCCACAGACCCACCGGGGUCCGGUCGUUCGCUGGCGCAGAAGCUGGCGGCGCUGCACAAGGCACCAGUUCCCAUCCCCGAAGGCUAUGAUAGGCCCAUGUUCGGGUUCCCCGUGCCUACGUGCUGCGGGGCUACGGAGCAGAACAACUCGUGGAAGCCGACAUGGGCCGAGUUCUAUGCCGACAAUAGGAUACGCGCUAUCGGGAGGGCCUGCCUCAAUGCCAACUCUGGAGAGGACACUGGGGCUGACCCCGAGCUAAGGGAGGCCAUCGAGGUCACCGCCUCCAAGAUUGUGCCCCGGCUGCUGGGCGAGGACACGAUGGGGCCUCUCACGCCCUCUCUGGUGCACGGCGACCUGUGGAAUGGAAACAAAGGACGCGGGAUCGUGGGCGGCCAAGGGGGCGUCGAGGAAGUCAUCUUCGACCCGUCGUGUGUCUACGGGCACUCCGAGUACGAGCUGGGCAUCAUGCGCAUGUUUGGCGGCUUUGGCAGCGCCUUUUGGAAGGAGUAUGAAAGGCUGAUACCGAAGGCUGAACCCAAGGCCGAAUGGGAAGACCGCAUGGCGCUCUACGAAUUGUAUCACAAUCUCAACCACUACGCAUUAUUUGGUGGGGAAUAUAGGUAUGCGGCGCUGGGCAUCAUGAGGAAGCUCAUCAAGAAAUAUGGGUAA